AUGUCAAGAGAAGCUCAGUUUAUGGAAAGGUUUCUAAAAAAGAGGAGAACCUCAGUGCAAGAUGAAAAUGUUGGUCCGUCACACGAACAUAAUCAGAACGAUGGCUCAGUUCCGCCACCAUCGGAUGGACAAAUUGAUGCAUCACCACAUGAACAGACUGAUGUUCCAGCCCCGCCAUCACCACAUGGACAAAAUGAUGCCUCCACACAUGAACCUAGUUCUGCCAAUACUACAAGGAAUUCAUCUCAAGUUGAAGAGAUCAAUUGGGAAGAAGAAAUUCAGUUUGAUCCAGGUAAAAGGAGAAGCAUAGAUGAGUACCAUCCCAAUCAGAGAGAUAUGGUAAGAAGGAAGUAUUUGGCCAAUGGCCCUUGUCAACCUCGUACUGCUGAUUUUGAAGUGACAGAAAUAUGUGGUAAAGAUAGAAGAGUGUUACUGAAGCAAGGGUUGCCUUUCCGUGGCCACGAUGAGUCUGACGGGUCUCUCAAUAAAGGUAAUUUCAAGGAAUUGCAUGCUUACACAACAGAGCAGAAUCCGGAGGUAAGAAAAGUUGUGGCCCAUAAUGCUCCAGGUAAUAAUCAGUUGACUUCUUCAAAGAUUCAGAAGGACAUAGUUGAAUGUUUUGCAAAGGAGAUAUUGCAUUCUGUUCUUCGGGAAAUUGGGAAUGAUGUAUUUUCUUUGCUAGUUGAUGAAUCAAGGGAUGUGGCUGGUAAAGAGCAAAUGGCGGUGGUAUUGCGGUAUGUUGGUAAAUGUGGAAGUGCCAUAGAGACAUUAGUUGGCCUUACUCAUGUGAAGGAGACAACUUCCAAGUAUCUCAAGUCUGCCAUUGAUGAUUUAUUUGCAGAAUAUAAAUUAAGUUUCAAGCAAGUUAGAGGGCAAGGAUAUGACGGUGCGAGCAAUAUGCGAGUUGUCAAAGUGCUAGAAUAUGUGGAAGAAGAAGACAGGGAUGGCACAAAUAGAAGGCAGCUUAUGUCCACUAUAUUGAUAAUCACAAACACAUUAUCAUUGGCUCUACAACGGAAGAAUCAGGACAUUGUGAAUGCUAUUAAUUGUGUGAAUUCAACCAAAGCCUCCUUGAAUGAUCUAAGGAGAAAUGGAUGGGAAUCUGUCCUACAUGAAGCAUAUGUCUUUUGUGACAAGCAUGACAUUUCCAAGUUGGAAAUGGAAGACCAAUAUGUGAAUCCAAAGAAGCCACGGCAAAAAACAGGUAUCACUAAUAGGCAUCAUUAUGAAGUGGAUUGUUUUAAUGAUGUUAUUGAUUGGCUGCUUCAAGAACUUGAUAAUCGCUUCAAUGAGAAAAAUUCUGAACUACUUGUUUGCUCAGCGGCUUUGAGCCCAAAUGAAUCAUUUCAUGAUUUCAACUUAGAACAUUUGAUGAGUCUAGCUAAACUUUAUCCAAAAGAUUUUGAUGAUGGAGAACUCAGGGACCUUAGGCAUCACCUUCAUCUUUACAUUGCUGAUGUCCGAGCAGAUGAUCGCUUCUCUGGAUUAAGUAAUAUUUGUGAGCUCUCUCAAAAAAUGGUGGAGACAAGAAAACAUAUUGUCUAUCCCUUGGUUUACCGACUUUUGAAGCUAGCACUAGUAUUGCCUAUUGCCACUACUACAGUUGAGAGAUAUUUUUCAGCUAUGAGAAUUGUGAAGACAUAUUUGCGCAAUCGUCUUGGUGACGACGCCUUGAAGUACGACCUUAUUUGUUAUGUGGAGAAAAGCGAAAUGAGGAAGGUUACUAAUGAUGCGGUAAUUGAUCGCUUUGAAGCCAUGAAAAAACGUCGGAAACCAUUUGAAAGUGCAAGUAUCACUUAG